GAUGGGUAUCGAGGCAUAUAAUCUGUACCUGGGGAUUGUUAAAGUCUUGGGUACAUUUCAUAAUCGAUUCAUGWUGAAGGCUGCGUUAGUGGGCUGGGGUGUACCACUCCUUAUUGUACUCGCUACAGUCAUCUCUGCAGUCGUSGAKUACAAUGAAGACAUCAACGCAAAGAAAACAUUUAAAUAUGGCARUGUGCAUGCGUGCGUCCUCCAUAGCUAUGUGUACAACAUUAUUGCCUGGUUUGUUCCAAUCCUUUCUAUACUUCUCUUCAACGUUGUUGUCUUCAUUAGAGUCCUGCAUCAYCUGACAAACUCAMUGACAGCUACUUACAAUAAACACGCUUAUAACACUAAGAAACAGUGUUGGACRGCCCUUGCCAUCAUGUGUCUACUGGGUCUAACRUGGCUGUUUGGUGCUCUAGCWAUCUCUGAUGCAAGAAUCGUCUUUGAGUAYYUGUUCUGUAUUUUCAACUCGUUACAAGGYUUCUUCAUCUUYUUCUUUCACUGCGYCAGAAUCAAAGAAGUGAGAAGCCAGUGGAGUGUGYUCGUCAGUGGACUGGGAUUUAGUCGGAGAGACGAGUCGACMGARGGACGCCAUCCACGRCAUYGYAGCGUUAGUCCAAUGGAAAAGUUAAAAAGUGGUAAAAAAGAGGAGAGAAAUACGCCAUGUUGAACURAAACUUCAGCCUCCACUGAACAGAAAUGAAUGGAAACAAUUAUAAUUGACGUAUUAUAGCGACGAGAUGGCUGGAGGGGGGAGGGUGUGGARGYCUUAUGGRCCUACUGGCGCGAGGAGUCUAGAUGAUGAUUAUUGCGAUAACAUUWCAAUCUUCUUGCAUUAUUCAUAUCGACUGGUUUACCGCAGCUAUACGAUGAUAUCAUAGCAAUGGUAUUGCAUCCUUUACAAACUUCUAUUGAUGAAGAUAACGACAAUAUUACAAKAAAAACAAAAUGUAAUAUACUUAAUUGAUAAUACUCAAGUUAGGYCCUCGUAAUCUACCAAUAUGAUCUAC